AUGGACAAGGAGGCAAACCAGCUCGAGAGGGACCAUAUUCACAGUGUAUGUGAGAAAAUUGCUCCUUGCUUCAAUGACGCGUGCUACAAGGCAUGGCCAAAGGUGCAGCAGUUCAUUUCAGAGCAGGAACCGGGCAGCCUGAUUGCUGAUGUUGGCUGUGGAAAUGGCAAAUACCUUCACAUCAGCUCUCAAGUCUAUAAACUGGGUUGCAACUACUGUUUCCCGUCAGUGGAAUCAGCACGAAAUGAAGGCCAUGAAGUAACGGUAUGCCAUAGCUUGUGUCUGCCUUAUCAAAGAGAGAGGAUACUUAUUCACCUUAUCUGUUCUGUUCUAGUGAUUCACCAUUUUUCAACGGAAGAGAGGUGCAUGCAGGCAAUAAAAGAGACGGCUCGUAUCUUAAGAGUAGGAGGCCAGAUAAUGAUAUAUGUGUGGGCAAUGGAGCAAAACCGGAGAAGAUUUGAAAAGCAAGACGUCUUUGUUCCUUGGAAUCCUUCACCUCCUUCCUGCUCCUCGGGUGAGCCUUGCCCACGUGGAGUACAAAAAUCAAUCCUUCACAAGGACAAAGAGCUGGCUUUGAACCAGCCCUGUCGUAAGUUGGACGGGACUUCAGAGAAAGAAUUAGCUGUCAGACAACGACUUAAAACAGACCAUCACCCAAAACAAGGAGCUUUCUGCCACCCUCAGAACAAAAGGAGACCAGGCUCUUCUCCACAGAGAGCAGUCAAUGAGUCCACCCCGACCACCCAGAGCCGGCAGCAGCCCUGGCUGAGGUACUACCACGCUUUUAAAGAAGGGGAUUUGGCUGAGCUGAUAGACUGUCAUAUUCCUGAGCUAUAUAUUACUCAAUCAUACUUCAACCACACCAAUUGGUGUGUGACUGCAGAAAAGACUGAAGUGUGGAAGAUCUAG